CUCAGGUGUGAGAUUAAAGGCCCUGCUUGGCUCAGGACAAUCAGUUAUUGCAUGAGAGUGAGCGUUGAGGUAGUUGGCUAACUAUACAGACGUGUUUUAUCAUUGCACUAACGCCGUUAUAUGAAGCGAAGGUCUAUGAACAUGUGGCUGCCCCAUUUGGGGCUGACACAGAAAGAUAGACUCAUGAUACUGAACUACCAGGGUGUAAGCAUCCCCAUUAUUGAUGCCGCACAGCACAUACUGCGCAAUCAAUUUCAUGUGGAAGGCUUGCAGCCUGUGAAAUUAGGAGCGACUGGCUCCUUCACCCCCGUCUCUGGCCCGUCACUGCAGAUACACCCGGAUACGGAUGACAAACACUUCUUUGUGUCCUGCUUUCGAGAUGGGCAGGUGCAAAUUGCAGACAGCGACAGAUGGCGGCUUACCCCCUCUGGCAGCAGGCAACUACAGGAUCUAUAUCAGGAUGUUGUCCCUAAAGACCUGCUGAAAAAUCUUAACAUCUUGAACGUGGAGCAACAGAGGCCAGACUCAGGGAACUGCGGGCUAUAUUCUGUCGCGAAUGUUGUGGAGUUCCUCUGCACCGGCGACUUUCCCAGGCGCAGAUUCAAACAGCGAAAGCUAAGACAACAUCUCAUACAGUGCCUGGAUGAUGGGGAAUUUACUCCAUUUCCCAAAAGAAGCCGCCAUAACAACCAGAGGAAACUCAUUCCGGCAGUUGAUAGCAGCAGUGUAGACACUGGAAAAACUUCACCUAUUCCAGAAUCUAGAAAAAGAAAGUGCCCUGAUGACAAUGGCAACAACAAACGGGGGAAACUUGAUGAAGCCAUCUGAUGUGAAUGGAAUCCAACAUAGACUGAGGAAUCAGGCUCCACCGAGAAUGGCUGUGUCCCUCACUUAACACCUAAAUCAACUUGUCCAGGCCUCAGAAUUCUACUGAGAACCCAAUGUCCGUCCAAAUAACAUCUAGGACCGGAUACUGGACAAGUAAUCCAUUCACACAUCUGUUAUGAUCCUGGGAAACUGGACAAGUAAUCCAUUCACACAUCUGUUAUGAUCCAGUAAUCCAUUCACACAUCUGUUAUGAUCCAGGAUUCCAUUCACACAUCUGUUAUGAUCCAGUGAUCCAUUCACACAUCUGUUAUGAUCUGCUGACGGCCAGAGGAAUGAAGUAACUGAGCAGAGAAGUGUACGGAGCAAGGAGAUAAAACUGGGAAAAAAGUGACUUUACACAGACUGUGACAAGACAGCUGUAUAACAAAGCAUUCUGCUCAAGUUCUAUCCAGAAAACCUGCACAAUAUUUCUUCAUAGCAAUCUGUUCCAGAGCCAUCCAGAAAACCUGCUCCAGUACUCUUCACAGCAUUCUGCUCCAGUGC